AUGGUCCAGACUGAUCCCGGCCCUCUUGCGGAAUCAAAGUAUAAACAGGAAUCCACUGACGAGUCUUAUCGACCCGGCAGCUCUUUGCGUCCCGAUUCGCAACAAUUUCAACCACUUCAACAACAACCUCGAGCCGACUUUGCGUCUUUUGAAAAAUCAAAUCUCAUAUCUUCCGCACAGACCGCGGCACCUGCAUCAUCUUCCAUCUACUCGAAUCAUCCAUCUCUGAGAGACGGCGGUUUGCAGGUUCACACUGCUUACGGAGCACCAACGCAAGAAUCCUCUUACUACAAUCCGCAUUCCACUCCAUUUACAAGUGCGACAUCCCCGAGCUCCUACUCUUCAACCGGACAAUCAGACCUCAUGGCAACCACCGCCCAGAUGCAGAGACCAUCUUAUCCCCCUAUCUACCACACGCCUCAAUCCAAUUCGCCAGCGUCGGUGGCAUCACAGCCCCAUGAUCCGCACAGCCGCCAUAUGUACACUCAAUCCCCCCAGAUGCCGCACCAAAUGUACGGCUACCCGCAAUAUGCGCCGAUCAACCCGGUGCAGCCAUCGCCGUAUGCGACACAUCCACCUCCCUCUCAAACGCACCCUUUGACCUCUCAGUCCAUCAUGAUGCCUCCUCAGACAACAACGGCAGCGCACAUGUCACAGCACCAGCCCCAGCAUGCGUCCGCCUCCAUGUCUAGCAGCCCAAUUCUGAAAUUGGAUUCUCACCAGAAUGCACCCAUGCAACGACCAAUGCUCAACCCGCCACUCUCGUCCCCGCCCCAGGUCAGUUUACAGAGCGGCGGCCUUCAUCAAAUAUCUUCGACGGGGACGAGCUCCAGCGCAGCACCGGGACCUAUUCCAGCCACCACACCUCUGGUAGUGCGACAAGACAGCAAUGGGGUGCAAUGGAUCGCCUUCGAGUACUCGCGUGAUCGGGUCAAGAUGGAGUACACCAUUCGCUGUGAUGUCGAGUCCGUCAAUGUGGACAGCCUCAGCCAAGACUUCAAGACGGAGAACUGCGUCUAUCCGCGCGCCUGCUGCGGCAAAGACCAGUACCGUGGAAACCGUCUGGUUUACGAGACGGAGUGCAACACGGUGGGAUGGGCUCUCGCAGAACUCAACCCUUCCUUGCGUGGUAAGCGGGGCCUGAUCCAGCGAGCUGUGGACAGCUGGCGAAAUAGCAAUCAGGACCAGCGUCUGCGUAGUCGACGAGUUCGUCGCCAGGCCAAGGCCAACUAUCGCAAGCAGUCAAUAGCUCCCCCAACACCGCACAUGCCCCAGGCGAUGUCUCUUGGCUCGGGCCUCCCCAGUGCACCGAACAUGCUCGGCCAUCAAGGCCCUAGACACAGUCUGUCUGGCCCUGGACCAAUGUCCAUGGCACCACCACAAUUGCAUCAUCAUCAUCACGCCCAUCCGGACGGCAGCCCUAAGAUUGAGGAAGUUAGCGGCUCCACAGAGUUCAGCCACGCUAGCCAGCGUCAAAACAAUGAGUCUGCCAAUCCGUCUGCUAUAGCGGUCGCUAGUGACCUUCGAUCGGUCCAGAGCUUUCACGACGCACCCAGAGCUCUUCCACCAUCUGCAAGCACGGCGCCAUCUAUGCCACCUUUACUUCAGGACAGCGGCCUUGGUGCAAUCAGUCGUCCCCGUGUCAUUGCGACCUCCGCCCAACACAUGGGGGCUGGUGACCACGAAGCAGAUGAUCCUGAUACUUUCACCCCGAAUAAUAACGAUCUUUUUGGGGCACUUCCCGCCGGCAAACGACGUACUUUUAUCCUGGUCGAAGAUCCCCAGCGGGGAGCUCGGGUGCGAGUCAAAGUGACGCUGGACAAGGUGAAUAUGGACGAGAUUCCCGAUUCCUACCGCAAGUCCAAUGCGGUUUAUCCGCGCUCCUACUUCCCCGUUCAGAUGAGGGAUGCCCCGGGCUCUAAUGUGCCCAACCAGCGCUUCUGUCGCGAUGAUACUGAGCAUGGAGACCACUAUUCCGAUACCACAGUUGGGCAAACCAUUGUGCUUGCACCCUCGCUGGAUGGGGAUCGUGAAAUUGAGAUUCCUCAGCUCUCACGCCGUCGUCAUCACAAGGAAGUCCUACUGAAUGAUCUCGGCUAUCGGUUGAGCUGGAGUCAAAGUAGAGUCUUUGCUGAACGGAUUCUAUUUUUGCAGCGAUCACUCGAUGCCUACCGGAAUAAAAUGCGCAGCAGUAUUUUGGCCGCAGGAUCGGAGCCAUCCGAAGUCCCGGAGCACUUUGACACUCGACGCGGGAAACGGCGAUUUUUACAACGUUGCGCGCGUCGAACGGACGAGGAACGUCGUGGCCCCCCGGGCAUUUCGCAGCGCACCGUGGAGGAGGUCGAGUAG